CGGGACUCCGUUACGCAUGCGCACAGGCGGGGCUAGCAAGCUUCUAUAUAUAAGAGGCGCUGAGGGCUAGGAGACAGCAGUUGGAAGUUGGCAGGUGGAAAGUCAGGUUGGGAGGGGAAGCCGGAGGAGGAGGCGGAAGAAGAGCUGUCUGAAGGGGGAGGAGGGAGGGAGGAAAAGAGGAGGAGGCGGAGGAGAACUGAGCGGAGCAUCGAGCCAGAGGGGAGAUGAGUUUGUCUGUCCUCGGCUAAGGCUCCGGCCCGGCCUGGGGAACUGGGAGCUCGGGUUGGAGCGACACCCGUGGAAGUGGGAGGAGGUGGCUCUGGGACUUUAACCCCUUGUGGGCUCUGCGGCAGGGGAUUUAACCCUUUGUGGAUUCGGCCCCUCGGAGGCAGCGUCAUCGGGUAGUUUUAACCCCUUCGGGGCUGGGUUUAACCCAUUGGACUUAAGCCUCACCUUCUUGCCCACCAACUCCUCCAUCGUGGGAGCGCUCGGCGGGGAGGCGUGAAGCCCACCCGUCUGAACAUUACGUACUGUGCCUGCCGCUGCAUCCUCUUGGACUUGCUAGUUGGCCACGCUUGUGAGCGCUUAACCCUUUAUUGACUUAACUCCAAGUUGCGAUUUGAGUUUGCUGACAAGACGGACGAAAGAAGUCACUGCAGAAAUUACCGGCCAAAGAGGACUUUGUUGGACAUUCUCUGAAAAGAAAGAAAAGCCUUUUUUUUCUUAAGCCAAAAUUUCUCAAACUUCCUGAAGAGGACUCUACUAAAGCCAUGGCCGAGCCACUCUUGUCAGAACAUCAACACCAGCCUCCAACUAGCAACUGUACAGGUGCUGCUGUUGUCCAUGGGGAGCAGAACUCUGAGCGCCCCCCAGGCGCGGAGGAACGGGUGCCUAAGGAGGACAGUAGGUGGCAAUCGAGAGCGUCCCCGCAGUCGGGUGGCCGUCCGGGACCGGAGGGAGAAGGGGGCCUGAAGCUCCCGCCGCCCCCACUGCAGACCAAUGACCAUCCAGAAUCAAGCUGCCUGGAAACGGGCGAGAAGGGCCAGAACGGGGAGGACCUAUCUACUGGCGGUGCCUCCCCAUCGGUGGAGGGGGAACCGAUGUCCGAGUCCCUUGUCCUGCCAGGUCAUGACUCGGAGGCCACCAAGUUGGGUGCUUCUGCCGCUGGAGGCGAGGAGGCAUGGGGACAGCAGCAGAGACAGUUGGGCAAGAAAAAACAUCGGAGGCGCCCCUCCAAGAAGAAGCGGCAUUGGAAGCCAUACUACAAGCUGACUUGGGAGGAGAAGAAAAAGUUCGACGAGAAGCAGAGCCUGCGAGCUUCGCGGGUUCGAGCUGAGAUGUUCGCCAAGGGCCAGCCGGUCGCGCCCUAUAACACCACGCAGUUCCUCAUGGAUGACCACGAUCAGGAGGAGCCUGACCUCAAAACCGGCCUCUACCCCAAGCGGGCAGCCGCCAAAUCCGACGACACCAGCGAUGAGGACUUUGUGGAAGAAGUUGGUGAGGAGGACGGGGGCAGCGAUGGCAUGGGAGGGGACGGCAGCGAGUUUCUGCAGCGGGACUUCUCGGAGACGUACGAACGGUACCACGCCGAGAGCCUGCAGAACAUGAGCAAGCAGGAGCUCAUCAAAGAGUACCUGGAGCUGGAGAAGUGCCUCUCGCGCAAGGAGGACGAAAAUAACCGACUGCGGCUGGAGAGCAAGCGGCUGGGUGGCGUCGAUGCGCGAGUGCGGGAGCUGGAGCUGGAGUUGGACCGGCUGCGCGCCGAGAACCUCCAGUUACUGACCGAGAACGAAUUACACCGGCAGCAGGAGCGAGCGCCGCUUUCCAAGUUCGGCGACUAGACUGAAAACUUUGGGGGGGGAGGGGGCAAAGGGGACUUUUUACAGUGCUGGAAUGUAACAUUAUAUACAUGUGUAUAUAAGACAGCGGACCUUUUUAUGACACAUAAUCAGAAGAGAAAAUCCCCCUGGCUUUGGUUUGGUAAAUUUAGCCAUGAUGUUACUUGUGUGCUUUCAACUGUUCUUUAAUUAUGUGAAACUGAAGGGUUGCUUUUCUUGUUUUCCUUCUUAGACGUUGUUUCUUAAUGUGCAAGUAAUUUGACCAAGUUAAAAUGCAUUUUUUUUCUGUUUAAAAAAAAUCCCCUCCUUAAGCGGAGCUAUGAGGUGGCCAAAUCUGAGACCCAUUAAUUCAUUCUAGUUAUAAUAAAUUUAAUGUUUGUAAAUGUAACAGUUUCAGUGUGAUUUCUAGAGAUUCAAAAUCGUGUUGAUUGGUGUGACUGUACUUUUGAGGAAGGGUUAAAAAAACUGUUUGCAAAACUACCUGAAAUUCGGUUUGCCCCCCACCCUAUGGUUUUAGUAUGCUUCAAAAUGCAGUUCAGGUAAAAUACAUUCUGCUUUAUCUUCAGUACUAUACUGUGCUUGCUUCCUAAUGCCUUUAUGAGUUGCUUGAUAUUUGGGGGGAUGGAAAGUGGCUACAAACAUAAGCCCAGCAUCUGCCCCUCGAUGGCCAUUCAGAAGUGUGGUUACCAAAGAAUAAACCUAAUUUGGCAAUUUGUUAGAGAACUGGAGGCAUCAUUCCAGCUCUACAAGUCCCAGCUUUCAGUAGUCCUGGCUUUCUUCUAAGCCCUCACCCCCAACUCCAAUAAUGCUAAGGAGUCCUGGAGACCUAGGUAAACUCACUUUCUCAGUGCAAGCAAGAAAUAAACUUGUGGGGCAACUCUUUAUGUUAACAUGUUAGAGACAAAAUAUUGGAUUGAAAUGGCUAAGUGAUCCAAGGAUUUAGCUUCAUUGUCCUAUACUUAAAAGUAUUUUUCUCUAUUAAGAAAAGCUGGACUAUCCAUUAGAAUCAAACUAAAAUUUGAAAUGCCCCUUGCUGCAAGUAAAGCUGGUUACAAAGAGGGCCUAAGGCCCUGAGUUGAUGAGCAGAAACCCUGCAUGUUCUCAGUACAACAGCUAGUCUCAGUCUCCUAGGCUGCUGGACAGCUGCCUAGGUUAGGGACUUCUCUUAAAUGCAGGAAAGCUCUGAGAACUAGUUCAUACAGCAGAUUGAAAAAUAAAUUCAACCAUUGUUCUUUCUUGUCAUAAUUAAUGUAACCCUCCUUCACCUGACCUGUGUCAGUGUUUCCCUAGGGCAAUUGUAUUGUUCAAAUUAUUAGCAUACUGGUUCCCUAACCUGGAGCCUUAAAAACCACAGGGGGCCUUGGGGGUCCAUGCACCCCAUUUAAUUGUAUGUAGUCUUGUGAGAUAUAUAUUUACAAACAGCCACUGGUUCAAGAAACUCAGGAGGUUGCCCAAUUCUUUAAGAACCCCUAAACAGAGUGGGAGGGGUAUCCUCUGUUCUGGCAGCUAAAUGGCCACAGUGGAGCAUAAGCAGCACAGACAAAUCAGUAAAUCAGGGGAAACUGUGCCAGUAGGAUGCUGGUCCCAUUCUGGCAGGCGGUCUACUGCAGAAAUUGUAAAAAUCAAUUUUUCUUUGACCUAAAGAUUGCAUUAAAUAUCUAUUUUGAAAGAGUU